GGUCAAGCUCGAAUUUUACCUGUUUGAAUGUCACGCGCGCGUCGUCUGCAUCCCUGCGCGCUUCUAUCGUUGCUGUGUCCACCAUCAGCCUCAUGUCUUUAAUUUUGCGCGCCAAAUGUUUUAGCAUUACUGCUUUUUAAAAACAACGUAAACAAGCAGGACCAAGAGGAGAUCGAGCCACACUGUGAAUAAGGGAUGUAACCUGACUGCGGCUACGAUAAAGAACAAAGAUUCUAACUACUGUUUUUACCGGCAAUACGUGAGUGUGAAUAGCGUGUGUUUGGUUGUGGGAUAAACCUACUGGAGGACGCGGAUGUCUUACCCUUGUUGAAGCGAGGGUCCAGCAUUUUGUGGUGUAGAAGACUGGCUUUGUGAAGUGAGGAUAUUCGAUUCGUGUUGAAGAAAACUGGCAAAUUUAACUGAGUAAAAAUAACAUUCGAAUUAGUGUGUUACUGGGCGAAAAAAUAGAAAAAGUUCACCAAUAUGGGAGAUACUGACUCUUUGCCUUUCAAAGUAGAGUAUGCCAAAUCAAGUCGAGCCUCCUGUAAAAACUGCUCCGGAAGCAUAGCUAAGGAAGAGUUGCGACUUGCAACUGUUAUUCAGUCCCCUAAGUUUGAUGGCAAGAUUACAAAGUGGUUCCAUUUCAAGUGUUUCUUCAUCAAGAACAGACCAAAAUCUACAGGUGACAUCGACGGAUUUUCCAAUAUAAAGUUCAAUGAUCAAAAACUUAUCGAGGAAAAGGUCGGCUCUGGCGGAGGGACGGCUGCAGUAGCCGGUAAAGAAAAGGUAUCAACGAAGGAGAAAAAAAAUGCCACCCAGGAGUAUUCAGUCGAAUAUUCCAAAAGCAGUCGAGCAGCCUGUCGCAGCUGUGAGGAGUUCAUUGCUAAACAUCAAGUUCGAAUUUCGAAAAUGGAAUACGACUCUGAAAGAGCUCGCUCUUACGGACCUUAUCCUGGGUGGUAUCAUGUCGACUGCUUUGUGGCAAAACGUGAAUCUCUUGGUUGGUAUUUGCCUGGCACGGAUCUGCCGGGAUAUAAAUCCCUUGGAGUAGAUGACCAAAAGAUUCUUAAAGAAAAAAUUAAGAAACUGUCCCCGCCCAAGAAAAGAUCCGUGGAUGAAGCUGAUGGAGCCGAUAAUUACCAGCCAACCCCAAAAAAGAGUAAAGCAGAUGAGGCCGCUCUUAAAAAGCAGAGUGACAAACUCUUCUCAAUUCAGAAGAAGCUCGAGACGGAGAUGACAAAACGACAGAUCCAGGAGAUCUUUGAGUACAACGCCAUGCAGAUACCGCAAGGUAUCAGCAGGCUUGUUGAAGUGUUAGCCGAUGCCAUCCUCUUUGGAGUCUGUGAUCCAUGCCCAGAAUGCGGUAACAAGGCUUUCCGUUUCAAAAACAACAAAUAUCGUUGUGGCGGUGACUUCAGCGAAUUUACAUCUUGUACGUACACGACGGACAGUCCUAAACGCUCCGCAAUUAACGUGCCCAAGGAAUUUAAGGAAGAAUUCAAGUUCUUAAAAGGAAACGUUGGAAAACGAAUUAUUCCUGCGGGAGCGGCUAAGCCAACGGUAAAAUCGGAACCAACUAUUCGCGAAAAGAAUUUACCCAAACCAUUGACUCGCCUUGCCAUCGUGAUUGAAGACACCGUCCAAGACAAGGAGGUCGUUCGAGCUAAGGUACUUAGUUUCGGUGGAAAGGUCGAAAAGGCAGUUACUUCGCGUGUUUUCUGCGUAAUCAGCACGCAAGAGAACGUUAAUAAGAUGACCCCAAAGAUCAAGAGUGCUCAAAUAGACAAUGUCCCUGUCGUGUCUGAAGACUUCUUGGAGAAGUGCCGCAAGGGAAAAGUCGAGAUUAAUGCGCACAAACUCGCAGACUGGGGCGAUGACGCAGUUGUUGCCCAGAGGUUAGAACAGGCAAGCGCAGACGCCGCUAAAGAAAGUCAGAAAUCUGGCAAGUCAGUCUUCGUGAAGAAUGAUAGUGAGACGACUAUGCGAGUGAAGAUGAAUGGAUUAGCUGCAGUGGAACCUGAUUCAGGUCUUGAUGGCGUUGCCAAGGUUUAUCAGCGGGGCAAAGACGUGUACUCAUGCGUACUGGGACACGCCGAUGUAGCCCGUGGUACCAACUCUUAUUACAAGAUUCAGCUGCUUGAGUCCCGUGGGACAUAUUUUGUCUUUCGUGCUUGGGGACGUAUUGGAACAACGAUCGGUGGAAACAAGCUGGAGGAACAUUCGACGCUACAAGAUGCCAUGCUCGACUUCAAGGGACUGUUUCUCGAAAAGACCGGCAACGAGUGGGAAAACCGUAAAAACUUCGAAAAAAAACCGAAGCUCUUCAAUAUCAUUGAAAUCGAUUACAUGCAGGAUCAUGAUGCGGCACUAUGUACCAAACAGAUACUCGCCACGAACUCGGACUCAAAGCUUCCUCUUCCCGUCCAAGAGCUCAUCUGUCUAAUCUUCGAUGUAAAUCUACUUAAUCAACAAAUGAAAGAGUUCGAAAUCGACCUACAGAAAUUGCCUCUGGGUAAAAUUUCAAUAGACCAAAUAUCAAAAGCAUAUAAGGUUCUCAAUGAGCUUCAGGAGCUUAUCGACAAGAAGGGGUCCCGGCUGCAGUUUCUCGACGCCUCGAAUCGUUUCUUCACAAUCAUUCCACACGACUUCGGUAUGAAUGCGCCACCACUUCUUGACAACGUUGAUUCAAUCAAGGAUAAAAUCAGUAUGUUGGACUCCCUUGGCGAAAUGGAGCUCACGAUGAAGAUGCUAAAACAGGAGGACAAAACCCAGAUCCCGGUGGAUCACCACUAUGCACAGCUAAAGACCGAAAUAGACGUUGUUUCGAGAAAUGCUCCUGUCUUCGGUCUACUUCAGAAGUAUGUAAGCACGACACAUGCCACCACCCAUUCCUCCUACGAGCUUGAAAUUAUGGAUGUGUUUACUGUUGCACGUCAAGGUGAGGCCCAGCGAUACAAGCCUUUCAAGCGGCUUCAAAACCGCCGUCUUCUGUGGCAUGGCUCCCGAUUGAGCAACUUUGCCGGUAUCCUAUCACAGGGCCUGCGCAUUGCGCCUCCGGAAGCACCCGUUACGGGAUACAUGUUCGGAAAGGGUAUUUAUUUCGCUGAUAUGGUAUCAAAAUCAGCUAACUAUUGUUGUACAUCGCCGUCCAACCCGAUGGGCAUUCUGCUUUUAUGCGAAGUGGCCUUGGGAGCCAUGUACGAGUGCACGCAGGCCGAAUACAUCACCAAACUGCCCGACAAAAAGCAUUCCACCAAGGGCAUAGGAAUGACAGAGCCGCAAGAAGAAGAGAUGCUCGAUGGAGUUGUGGUUCCGAUGGGACCCACAAAGAAAUCGUCAAAUAAGACCUCCCUGCUGUAUAACGAAUACGUCGUUUAUGAUGUCGCACAAGUCCAGAUCAAAUAUCUUCUUAAGGUCAACUUCAAAUAUAAGUAUUAGGUUCUACUAUUAUUAUAUAAACCCUAUUAUUAUAUAAACCCUAAAGAAGUGAAAAUUCUUGCGGGCGUCUGAUAGCUGAAUUCCACCGGCCCACAGAGGAAUGGCAUAGUCUAAAGUGGUGCAACCGUGUUAUGGUGUUAUCCAUUUUAUAGGCCACAUAACAAGCAUUCUUUAUCCCAUAGUUGACACAUUAUGGUUUUCCAAGCUUAUCAUCCAACAGAACGUAAAAAGUACACAAAAAUAAAACGCGAAGCAUGAUGUACCACAAAUAUUACACAUAAUAAUGAUGCUUAUUUAAGACAGUUAAGCUGGAGAACGGAAGAAGUAGUAAUGUUGUAUAAUUUUAUUUGUUGUAUCGAAAACAUGUCUUAAAGGACAUCAUCCUAAGGUUAUUGUUCCAGUUAAGCUUCUCGUAGCCCCUAACGAAAAAAGAUUCUUAUAAAAUCUUGCUAAAAAAUACAGCAUAGUCGAGUAGUCUGGUCGAGUAGUCUGUCAUUAGCAAAUUGAAAAUGACUAGACAACAACAGAUUAGGUACCAACUCACUAUCUAAAGAAGGGGUAAUUUUACAGAGUGACCCUUAAGUUAGUGUGACUAUAGUACAGCCUCUGGGUGACUUUUACGACGCCUAGUCACGCGUGCGAAGCUCAUCGAAGCGUAGAAACGAUGACAAUAGAAUUAAAUUGCUGGUUAAAUGAAAAAAUUGGAGAAAGAGUUAGUGUCUAAACAUAGGAGCUGAUAGAAGUUGCUUUGCUGACGCCAUUAUUAUCGGAUUUAUAUUGAACAUAUCAUAACUUGUCCCUUGAGUUUGCUAGUUGUGCUGUAUUUAAAAAAUGUAAUUCAUGUACUGAUAAGGCAAACAUGCGAGCUCCCAAAGGAGUUUCUUUCUCAGUAUGUUGUAACAGUAAAUAAUUUGCUCGGUUUUACAUGGUGAUAAUAAAACCAGUAAUACUUAACUGCAUCAAUACAAUUUCAGCUUUUUUAUUUACUAUAAAAAUGAAUACUAGGACGGUCGUGUAAUAAU